AUGCGAACACGAUUUAGAAACAAGCGUCGCACGUGGCCACUAAUUGCAAUUGUCUUCAUUGUUUUAAUGUUUUCGUUGCUACGUGCCAAACUGUUGUUGCAAGCGGACACGCCGGGUGGUGCAGCAGAAAGGGAAGCUAACCCUAAAUACCUUUCUACGGACACACUCAUUAUUGUUCCUGGACACGGAGUGCUGAAUGCACCAAAUGCAUCUGAAUGGAAGAACGAAAGCGAAUGGUGCCUAGAACCCCAUCAACUGCGAGCAGGCGUUGUUCUACCUUUAUGUUUCGCCUCCCAUAUACGACGCGGAUUGGAAAUUCUUAGAGAUCAAAUAAACACUUCUAUUCUAAUUUUUUCAGGUGGUCAAACGUGUGGUAUUGCGGGACCGAGGAGUGAAGCUUUGGGUUACUAUAUUGUUGCAAAAGAGUCAAAGCUCUUUGGCAUAUUUGAACCUGAGUAUGUGGCAAAGGAUAUUAUGAAUGGGAGAAUUUUUACCGAAGAGUUUGCGAGAGACUCAUACGAAAACCUUUUAUUUAGUAUUGCGCGGUUCUAUGAAGUAACAGGCCAUUUUCCGGGAUCGGUUGUUGUUGUUGGGUGGAAGCACAAGGCAGAGCGGUUCACAAUGUACCACAGAGAAGCAAUACGCUUUCCAGCUGACAAAUUCACUUAUGUCGGACUUGAUUUCGCUGAUGCUGAACCUUUUGUGGAAGAUCUUCAGCCUUAUCAGGUGGCAAAGCCUUAUACCGAUGAGAAUGCUUUGUCUUCUGUAUCUAAAGAUAUGUACCUCUGUGAUGCAGGAAGAAGAACAAGGUCUAAGCGCAAUCCGUAUUUUCGAGUGCCACCGUAUUUAGUAAGCUGCCCCCCUCUUCGCCAGCUUUUACAACACUGCGGGCCAGAACUUAUUGACACUCGGCGUGUUCCAUGGAAGUAA